UGGGGGGCGUGUCUGGGGAUAAUACGCGGCUGUGUCGUGAAGACAGUGAGUGUACAGUUAGGUGGCCUCGGCGGAGACGCAUCGGGAAGUGAAGCAGUGAGCGGCUAGGGCGCACACGGACACUCGGUCAUGUCAGAUAACGGGAGCACGGUGGCGCGGACCGCUCCGGGCCUCGGCAACAAAGUGACCGUAGUGCUUGGAGCCCAGUGGGGCGAUGAAGGCAAGGGCAAAGUGGUGGACCUCCUGGCCCAGGACGCCGACAUGGUCUGCAGAUGUCAGGGAGGCAACAACGCAGGACACACGGUUGUGGUGGACUCUGUAGAGUAUGACUUUCACCUUUUACCUAGUGGCAUUAUCAAUCCUAAUGUCACAGCCUUUAUUGGUAAUGGCGUUGUGAUUCACCUUCCUGGCCUCUUCGAGGAGGCUGAGAAAAAUGUACGGAAGGGUAAAGGACUGGAGGGCUGGGAGAAGCGUCUUGUCAUUUCAGACCGCGCCCAUAUUGUGUUUGAUUUCCAUCAAGCUGUGGAUGGAGUUCAAGAACAAGAGAGGCAGCAGCAAGCUGGCAAAAAUUUAGGAACAACGAAAAAGGGUAUCGGGCCUGUCUACUCAGCAAAGGCUGCAAGGAGCGGCCUCAGAAUAUGUGACCUUUUGUCUGACUUUGAGCAAUUCUCAGAGAAGUAUAAAAACUUGGCCUCACAGUACAAGUCUAUGUACCCAUCAUUGGAGAUGGAUGUUGAUGGGGAGCUAGAGAAACUGAAGGCAUAUGUGGAACGAAUAAAACCCAUGGUAAAGGACGGCGUGUUCUUCAUGUACGAGGCUCUACACGGUGCACCUAAAAAGAUACUGGUGGAAGGUGCCAAUGCUGCCCUGCUGGACAUUGACUUUGGAACUUACCCUUUCGUAACCUCGUCCAACUGUACUGUGGGUGGGGUGUGUACGGGCCUGGGCAUGCCACCUCAGAACGUGGGGGAGGUCUAUGGAGUUGUCAAGGCCUACACCACCCGAGUGGGCAUCGGAGCCUUCCCAUCUGAACAGAAUAAUGAAAUUGGAGAGCUGCUUCAGACAAGAGGGAAGGAGGUGGGUGUGACCACAGGCCGCAAAAGGAGAUGCGGUUGGCUAGAUCUGGUGCUUGUCAAAUAUGCGCACAUGAUCAACGGUUUCACUGCCUUGGCUCUAACCAAAUUAGACAUCCUGGACAUCUUCCCCGAAAUCAAAGUUGGUGUGGGUUAUAAGGUGGACAACGAAUUCAUAUCAUAUUUCCCAGCAAAUCAGGAGGUGCUACAUAAGGUCGAGGUCCAGUAUGAGACUUUGCCUGGCUGGAACAGCAACACCUCAGCUGCUAGAACCUUUGAGGAACUUCCUGAGAAUGCACAGAAAUACGUACGCUUCAUUGAGGAGUACCUUAAGUUGCCUGUGAAAUGGAUCGGUGUUGGCAAGUCAAGAGAGUCAAUGAUCCAGCUGUUUUAAAGGGCUGUUUGGCUGUGUGGUACUAUCCAUGCCCUCUGACUCAGCACAGUGCCCUGUGCCUAUCAGUGGGCUUACCUGAUGGAGUCAGAGAAAGGAUCCAGCCUCUCACCUCUCCACUCACUGCAGUUUCUCAUAAAACAACAGCAACAUGGAUUCUUUCUUCUUCUCUAUAUGAUACUUUACUCAAGAACUAUCUCAUCAUUUUCAUCAUUUUCUUUGGAGGUCACCAUUUUUGGAGGAGACCAUUGUGGAAAGCCCUUUGGUCUUUAGGGAACAAAAUCUUUAACCUCUCCCAAUCACCUGUCGAUCAUUUUCGAGUAGGAUUUAUCUAUGCCUAUGGGUCUCCUGUGUCUUUUGUUUUUGGUGUCAAGUUUUCCUUUAAUGAGUUUUUAGAGCAGCAUCACAUCAUUCAGUUGAACAUAUAUGCAGACUGAGUGGUUAAUAUAGCUUCUGAAGCUAAAUGUAGGCCCUGAUUUAUUUAAUUACUAUAAUCCAUUUAUUUCUAGAUUACAAAACAACUCAACUUUGAUUAGUUUUAACAGAGGUUUGAACAUUUUCUUAACCAAAUGCCGAGUAAUUUAAGAGUUAUUUUAUUGUGCCACUGGACCGUUAGCAGUAUUUCAGUUUGGCCUCAAUUUUGCUGAAGUGUCUUUGACAUGGAUAUAGCCCUUUUCCAUUAUUCCCGUUCAGGUUCCUAUGUAAAUGACACAUUUCUGUGUGAAACACUAUUUCUCACUGUUCACAUAUAGUCAAUAGACCAUACAUCCUAUUUGUCUUUGCACUGAUGUGUACUUACUGCCCAAGUAUUUAAUUUGAAGUUCGCCACCAUAAUCAAUCAUAAUAACACACACACACACACUCACACACACACACACACACAUUAUACAAAAAGUUGUUCAGUAGUAGUGAUCAUUUUUGUUCACUUUUUCAAGUAUAUGUUAAAAGGUGUGAUAUUGACAUUUACCCAUUUGUGGAAAUUGUAAGCAUGGAAAUGUAAACCUAUUUACUUAUUUCUAACUUUAAGCUUGUAGUGUUGCAUUUAUACCACAACACAGACAGGUUUGUCAGUUAGUUGGCACUUCAUUCAUGUCUUGAAUGUAUUUUUAAUAUUGAAACACACUUAGUUCAACUCUCAGGAUUUUCUGGUCGUCACAACUGUAUAUUUUCAUUCUAAUCUGUAGAUUGUUGAAUGGUUUGACUGCUUGUGUCUUUUCUCUUUUUGGGGUUUGAGUAAAUAUUUAACAUAUUGUGCCAUUAUUCUUCACUCUACAAACUACAUGUUUUUGGUUUUUUUAUUGUUGUUUCUGCUGGUUUUUAUUUUAUUUUAUUAAUUUUUUUUUUUUUUGCCAAAAUGUAGCAAUACCACAUAGCAUAACUCUUAAUCAGCCCAUGAGUUUUACAUUUUAAUUUAAUUUAGCCCCACAUCUUUUUGAAUACAAGGAGUAGAAAAGCCUUUUGGAGAAAAAAAAAAAAGACUCUUCUGGUCAGUAUUGUAAUUGAUUAUACGUUCAGACACUAUGUAAUGUUUGAAAAUUAGAGGUUGAUUAAGAUUAUGGCCAGUAAAAAAAAUUUGGAUAACACUUCCUUUGCAGCUUGUUUUUAUAAUACAGUAAAUGUAUUCUCAUGUAUGCCAUUGUGUAAGACAUUGCAAUUUUUCAGGAAUAUAUUAACUUGCUCCUUAAGAGCGCAUCUGCAAAAGCAUGAAAUGGCUGGGUGUCCAGGAGAGCAUAAUUGGGCCUGCUCAUAAUUGGGUGGGUAUACAACAUGUUCUAGAUGCGUUUGCAGUGUAUUAUGGAUACAAACUUUUAGGAAGUGUUAUUGAAUUGUUGCGUUUAUUUAUUUAUUUAUUUAAUUUAUUUAUUUUCAUUUGUUUUGUUUUUUUCUUCCCCCAAUCCCUCUUAUAUCAUAUUGGGCUGAAAUUGGAUGUAUUCAUGGAACUGAAUGUUUCAUCGUUUUUAAUGCUCAUCCCAGUAAGUUUAUAGGUGCUCACUGUAGAUUAUCCCUUUAAAUUAACUUUAAUUCACUGUAAUUUCAAUCUCUUGGUCUCAUUAUGAAUCUAGAAAUAAUAGCUCCUAUUGUAGCUUUCUCUUUCUCUCUCUAUCAUAUUUAUUUAUAUGCACUGAUAUGCAUCCUUCACACUGCCUUCAUCAGUGAAGAAAGUGUGCCUUGACAAUAAGUUCUUUCAAGUCAGAACCAGGUACAAAAAUAUGUGAAUGGUUAAAAAUUGAAAUCUACAUGUUCAGAUAUAGAGUAUUUACCAAUAUAAUAUUUUAAUACACACACUUAGACGUUUUAUAUAUCUAUAUAUAAUGAUUUAAAUCCUCUUAGAAUCUUUGGAUGCUUGUAAAGUGCAGUGUUUCCCUUAACAGCAACAUUUUAUUUUAUUUUUUUUUACAUGGCCAAGGGCAUUAAUAAUUAAUUAAUUAAUCACUUGCCAACUAUGUGCAUGGUGUAGGCUUUUACUCUCUAGAGGCAUUUCUUCUUGCUCUGUUAUUGUUAGUUGGAAAUAGAAAGCCCUAUUCUCCUGUCUCUAGUAUAGUCCUUGGCUGCUAAAGUGAUUUCCCUUUUUUUGUAUUGUUCCCUAAUACUUCUCAUUGCUUAUUCUGAUCAUUCAGCUAAAGUGCGAAAAACAGGACUGUCAGAACACAAACCACUUUGCUAAGCUUUAAUUUAAUUACACUCUCUUUGUGCCGAUGACUGCAUGUUUGCACAACCAUACACUGACCUCUGUUUUUCAAAUGAUUUCUCUUGGAUUUUCUACUGUAUUGCUGCUGUUUGGUCGAUCUUUAAUAUAUGUAUAUCCUGAAUGCAGAGCCAUAUACUAUUGGUCUUAUUGUCUGUGAAGGGUGGUGUUAUAUGCUUAGCUGUGGAAGAUGGUGAAUACUAGUAGGGGUGCAUGUUUUACUGGUGUAAUUUGUACAAUACAGAUCCCAAUCUUUGUAGAUAAACCAAUAUUAAAAUUUCACAAAAGACAGUUACAAAAAUAUCACAGUCAAUAAAUAUGUAAGAAAUUA